CAUCUACCAGCUGUGUGUGAAACCUGGCGCACAAGGCUUGCCUGGAACAUGGAGCCAAACAACAGAACAACACAUACGGUAACAGAAUUCCUCAUCACAGGAUUGGAUGAAGUACAACACCCAAAGCUGGUGGGAGCAGCCAUUUUGUUGGUCCUCUUUCUCAUUCUGAUCGGAAGCAUCACUAACAUUUGUGUCAUAGCAUUCAACAAGCCUCUGCAUACCCCCAUGUACUUUUUUAUUUGCUCGCUGGCAAUGGUAGACAUAGUCUACACCAGCGGCAUUAGUGUUACAAUGCUUAACGUUCUCCUUGGAGAGGAGAGAAGAGUCCCCUAUGCACCCUGCAUGAUACAGUGCUUCUUAUUUACUUUAGGAAGCACUAUGGAACCCUUCGCUAUUGCUCUGAUGGCUUAUGAUCGCCUUAUUGCAAUUUCAUAUCCUCUUCGAUAUCAGACUAUCUUAACUAAUAAAAAUGUAUGUUUACUUAUAACAGCGACUUGGGCACUAGGCUGCAUGUUUGCCAGUUUGUUUACUGGCUUUGUGAACAAUCUGCCCUUUUGUGGCUCAAAUAAACUCCAAUAUAGCUUUUGUGAAUAUGCAGCCUUAGUAAGAGCAGCAUGUGUGAAUCCUACAUAUUAUUUCAACGCAAUAUCUGCUGUGGGGACUGCUAUAUUAUGGGUUAAUUUAGCCUUGAUAAUCGUCUCAUACAUGAAGAUAGUUCAUGUAGUGAUACAAAUGUCUUCAUCCAAAGACAGGAUGAAAACAUUUAACACCUGUGUCUCCCACAUGAUAGUGGUGGCUUGCUUCUUUAUCCCCAAGGUGUUGUUAAUGUUGGUCACCAGGGUUGGUUUGGUUCUCACGCUCUCUCACAGAAAUGGCCUAAUCAUUGGCUCUACUCUGGGCCCCUCUCUUGUGAACCCACUUGUGUAUUGUCUCAAAACCAAGGAGAUUCGAGGGCGCCUGAAAUAUAUUUUCAAGAGAUCUGAAAUUAGUCCAAAUAUGUAAUGGUUAGGGUUACCAAAGCCAUUUCUUGUUUCUUGCUUGUUCCAAAAACAAUGUGGUUUAGUCAAUAUUGUUUCCAUGUUAUUUCAUCAUCAUUGUAAUCAUGUUGAAUCAAUGUUGAGUUUUGAUUGAAUUUACGAAAACUCAUCAGUGGCUUGUAUCUCAAAUUAACCAGUCUCUUUCAACUCUGAAUCAACUCUGAAUCAACAAGAGUGUCAAGGUUUGCUUGAUUUAGAUCACAGGUGUCAAACUCAUUCCAUGGAAGGCAAUGUGUCUACAGGUGUUCACUCCUGUCCUUUACUGAUCACGGGAGCUCACUGGUUAGUUAGGAACUCCCCUCACCUGAUACUAUAGGUCUUAAUUGGUCACUGGUUAGUUAGGAACUCCCCUCACCUGAUACUCUAGGUCUUAAUUGGUCACUGGUUAGUUAGGAACUCCCCUCACCUGAUACUAUAGGUCUUAAUUGGUCACUGGUUAGUUAGGAUCUCCCCUCACCUGAUACUAUAGGUCUUAAUUGGUCACUGGUUAGUUAGGAACUCCCCUCACCUGAUACUCUAGGUCUUAAUUGGUCACUGGUUAGUUAGGAACUCCCCUCACCUGA